UGUGUUGACAAUCUGUGUACAGUGGGAGGGUAACACAGUAAUAACACAAUAGUAUAUAGAAAAGGGGAGUAAGAAAGCAUGCAGUAUUGGAAGGAGGGGAUAAAGGUAGAUAUACUUAGCAGGAAUAGAAAGGUUGGCGAUUCGUGGAUGAGGGCCAGUCGGUUUUCCAGACGGAGAGGCGAGUGGGUCUCCUAGCCCGGGGGGCCGGCUUGGCCGUGGAGCGAUAGUGGCGUUCGCUGAUGUGGUGUUUGAGUCUUUUAGUUCGAGAUCCCUGUAUUUGGAGAAGUUCGAGAUCCCAGUUUGGGUAGGGUAUUUGAGGAGGGUUAAUGCACCGCAAAAUAGCGUCCGACCAUGCCGGAAGUAAACAAAAGCCUAUGAAUAUAUAUGAACAACUGUCGGAUUAUAAAGUCUCACGUCGGUUCCUCCGUGCAACUUCAUGCCUGACUUACAUUCAUAUUGUUCUUUCAACACACUUACGCUUCUCCAAAUUUAGAAAGAAGCUGUGUACACAGUGUUCUUGCUAGUUGCAAUUACGCGUCCGGUUUGGCAGCAACUUCAAAGAGUGGACAAAUGGUUGCUCCUUCAGGUAGCUAUAAUUACCCUCUCUAUAAUGCAAUAUCGUAUUAUCCAUUUGUAAUGAAUGAUAGUAACACUUGAUUGGAUUGGAUUCAGUUAAAUCUACAUUUCUCAGGGUCUCUAACAUCGAGAUUUGAAAUAUCUUUCAUGUAAAUACAUUCUUUGUCUUGUGACUUGUAUAUAUUCGCAUUCCUGAAAAGUCUGUGCACAAUUGCACAAGCAACGUGGUCUCUUUCUGUGAAAAAUAGCACUCUUUAUUUCAGCCACAGCAAAAAUCCCGAACCACGCGCAGUCAGCAAUGUUACGUCUGGUUACCGUCUUGCAGUUACGAUACAGAGACAGGCCUAUCAGAAAUUCGAACUUGAACAGCAGCGCCAAAUAUACAUUCCGGCGCAGUGAUCAGCUGGUGUCAGUGGUGAUGACCAGCCUAGUCCUGUACCAGGCUGGCCGCAUGGAGCUCUAGGUGGUUUGUGCAUUAUGUAUAUCAUGACAAGUUCAGUCCCUCGUGUUAUUUAAUGCCACACUUGUCAAUAUUCAAGCCAUUUGAAGACAGCUUGGUCCGGUGAUUGUUGUUAUGAGCAACAAUUCAUGCCACCAUGCCAUGACACUGUCAACAUCGGUUGCUGUGGACCAAUUCUAACCUGAAAUUCCCCAGUUCAGUAGCAUAAGAGCCCUAUCUUCUCCUACAAAAUAAGAGAUAUAUGAUAAGGACCUCUGUAUUUGUUGCAUUGUCUUGUUUACAGGUUUAUGCAUUCAGUGAUGAUGACCUGGACCUACAAGUGACCUUAGUUCAGGGGUUACUCCAUGAGGAAUCAGCACAGGAACGUCAUGAGAAUCUACCCGUCAUGGAAUGCCAGGAUCUUCCAGUGAUACAUUACAAAGGAAGAGCACCACAAAAGAGUAGAAAGAUUCCACAUUCAAGUUCAAGGCUUAGAAGCAUGAGGAAAACAGGAUCUGAAAAGGCAUCUAAGAUUGUGCAAACUGAGAAAAUGGUUGAGACAUACUUGCAAAGGAGGCGGCACAAUAAAAAGAUGUCCCCCUGCAUAUUCAAUGUUGGCAUGAUUGUGGAGGCACUGGAGGAGGAUGGCUUUUGGUAUAAAGCCAAAAUAUUAUCGGUCCAAAAGGAGAAAGUGAACCUACAUUGGACUGGCUACAACUUAGACGAGGGGCUAUCAAAAACAAGAUUAGGUUAGAGUUAAAGAAAGGUGAUGAAGUAGAGGCCCCAUGGCUGGUGCACAGAGCAGAUAGGUACCCUGGUCAUGUGGAGCGCAUUGAUGGAGAAAAUGUGCACAUAGGUUUCAAUAACCAGACGGAAAAAAGAAUUCAAUUCAAGUAUGUUGAGAAGAAAACUUAAGUAAAGCAGACUAUUUACAUUCAUAGUACAUCUUAUGCCGUAGGCUCUAUUGUAAACUCUAGGCUGCAUAUAGGCUGCAAUUUAUCUGAUGCUAUAUUAGACAAUAUGGAUCCACUCAUCUAUACAGCUAUUUUCUUCUGUGACAGGACCCAUCGCUGAAAACAUCGCCUCACCCAUGAGACAUAGUGCAAAGUCGCCCUUGACAUGUCUUGUAAUAUAGCAUGUGAAUAAAUAUUUUUUUGAAAGAU